AUGAAUUUGUGUGUACUUGCGCAGCAUUCAGCUAACUACGGCGCGAUGCUGCUGUUGGCUGUUGUUUCGCUGAUGAAUGAAGAGGCCAUGGGUGGACCAAUGGGCUCGUCGUCUUCUGGAUACUACACCACUCCGGCGCCUUACUACACCACGACGUAUGCUGCCCCCACCUACUACACCACCAAAACCGAGACACCCAAGUACUACACGACCAAAGCGGCUGAGUAUUACACUACAGCAUCCUAUUACACAACAACAUACGCUACCCCAAUCUACUACACCGAGGCUGCCAAAUACUACACAACGAAGGCACCGGAGUACUACACAACGACUUACGCUACACCAAGCUACUAUGCCGAAGCUCGCAACUAUUAUGCUGCCCCCAGCUACACCACUACUACAGUUGCCUACUACACGUCAACAGAAGCAGCCAUAAAUUACGUCGCUGCGACAUGCUACACUGAAGCUUCACCGUCUUCCUAUACUGAGCCUACGUACUACACCGAAGCUCCAAAAUAUUACUUUGAACCAAGCUUUUACAGCACGGCUGCUCCGUCGUACUAUGUGCAAUCUACCUACUACACCCCAACUUAUGCUGCUCCGUCUUACUAUACAACAAAGGCUGCUGAAUACUACACAACGACGUACGCUGCUCCAGCUUACUACACUGAGGCCCCCAAAUAUUACUCGGCUCCGAGCUACUACCAGACUGAGGCCCCAAAGUAUUACACUACAAAGGCUCCUGAAUACACCACAACCUAUAUGCUGCGCCAAGCUACUAAUACAGAAGCCCCAAAGUACUACACCACUACCUAUGCUGCUCCAGUCUACUACACCGAAGCUCCCCAAUACUAUACUACCACAAAGGCCGCUGAAUACUACACUACUGCUGUCCCGGAGUAUUACACCAAGAAAGCCGAGUACUACACAACCACUUACGUAGCUCCAGCUUACUACACUGAGCCACCAAAGUACUUUUAGCUAAGAUGGUUUUGAUAAUCAAGCUCGAUGAUCGGACAACUAGAUUUUGUUUUAUCGUUUGCAGUCCUCGUUCUAAAAUGAAUAUUUCCCUGCUAUAUAUUUAUGUAUUCAUAGUCGUUGCAUAUACGAAUGUGGA